AUGAAUCAGCUAUUAGAGACUGAGUUUAGUAAAAUCGAGGAAUGUAGCGAUGGUAUUGUCUAUACCUUGCUGUUUAAUGCUAUCUUUCCUCAACAUUUUCCAUUAACGAAAAUUAAUUUCAAUGCUGUUUAUCCUUUAGAAAAGAAAGCCAAUCUUGAUAAGCUUCAAAAGCUUCUUGCUGAGCUCAAAAUACCAUAUUCCAUCGCUACUGACAAAAUAUCCAAUGGAAAAUUGCAAGAUAAUAUUGAGUUUUUACAAUGGAUUUAUACGUUCAUUUCUAAGAAUUUUGAGCAUGUCGAAACAAAGGGAUUGUACGAGAGAAGGGAAAAGGUGGUGCUUCAUUUUGGACGAAAGAAUCAUAUCGAGCCUCCCAUAGAGUACAUCAAGAAUGAAGAGACAAGGAAACGACUAUUUCCAAAAUUAAAACAAGUCUCUGCAUCCCAUCUUCGUGAAGAAGAUGAGUUUUAUCAAUCUCAAGCAGAGAUGUUACUGAAUAAUUAUUCGGAUAUUGAACAUUUUUCGGAGCAGCUUGAAAGCGAAAUCAGGGAGAAAGUGCAAAGAAACGAAAGCAAUUACAAAAUAAUUCAACAGCUUCUCGAUGAGAGAACCUCUCUUUUUGACAAAUUAUUGUUGGUGGAGGUAUGUAUUCUCAGAUAG